CGCAGGCGCAGUGCCACUUAGAGAGGAUGGAAGUUGUGGGUUUUCUGUGCUUGGCAGCGGCGAUUCUCGCAUGGGGCUUCGUCUGGCUUUGGGACUCCUGGGAAAGAAUGAAGAGUCAGGAGCCGGCUGGCGUCCCGGGAGAUGGAAGCAGGACCCUCCUGGUGAUCGCGCACCCCGACGAUGAAGCCAUGUUCUUUGCUCCCACUGUGCUAGGCUUGGCGCGCCUGAGGCACCGGCUGUCCUUGCUCUGCUUCUCCGCAGGAAAUUACUACAAUCAAGGGGAGGUGCGUAAGAAAGAACUUUUGCAGAGCUGUGAUGUUUUGGGGAUUCCAUCCUCCAGUAUAAUGAUUAUUGACAACAGGGACUUCCCAGAUGACCCAGAUGUGCAGUGGGACACAGAGCGUGUGGCCAGCAUCCUUCUCCAGCACAUAGAUGCGAACGGCAUCAACCUGGUGGUGACUUUCGAUGCAGGGGGAGUCAGUGGUCACUGCAAUCACGUUGCUCUGUAUGCGGCCGUGAGGACCCUGCACUCAGAAGGGAAGUUACCUAACGGGUGUUCUGUGCUCACGCUUCAGUCAGUGAAUGUGUUGCGCAAGUACAUCUCCCUUCUGGACCUGCCCUUUUCUCUGCUUCACACCCGGGAUGUCCUCUUCGUGCUCACCAGCAAAGAAGUGGCACAGGCCAAGAGAGCCAUGUCCUGCCACCGAAGCCAACUGCUCUGGUUCCGCCGCCUCUACGUGCUCUUCUCUAGGUACAUGAGAAUCAACUCCCUGCACUUCCUCUGAAGCCUGGCGGAGUCUUCUGGUCCAAGGAACACAGGGAGAA